UUAGAAAACUAAAACUAGAGCGCAGAGACAGAGAAACGGGCACUGCUGAGACAGCUACAUAGUAAUUAAUCAAAGAACAGGAAGUGAAAUUUUUGAGGUUUGUGUUGAGAAUGGGAAAAUCAGAAGAGGAACCCACUUCAUCGAUGCAUCCACCUUCUUCGUACACCUUACUACUAAACAUUAUGAGCAAAAGGAGGACAUGGGCAUGUCUCUUUUUCUUUGUUUAUGGUACCCUUUUGGCUUCUUCGUGGAACUUCCUCAAAUCCACGCUUUCUUGGUACAAUUUGCAGGCUCAGUCAUCAUCCUCUGCGUGGCCUGCACUCUAUGCUUCUGUGCUUCUUGGAACUGUGUUUGGUAUUCUUUCCAUGGUUGCAGCUUUGGUUGUGAUGGUACCAGCGGUCAUGGUGACAUGGAUCACUGUUGUGGUGUUGUUGGCUUUCUUUGGUAAGCCUAGGAAGGAUUUGGUGGUGGAGGGUAGGAAGAUUACAGGGGAAAUUUUCAGUUUCGUGGUGAGGAUUUUGUUGAAGGAAGGGAAUUUUGUGGCUGCGGUUUGUGCUGUUUUAGGGUACUUUGCUCUUGUUAGAAGAAACGGCCAAGAUGGUGGCGGUGUUGAUUGAUUGGUUUGGGGGAUUGUUAAUUGGGUUUUUUUUUGCAAAAUCAUGCUGGUGGAUGUGAUCUGGUAAAGGGUCUUAAUCUUUUUGUUUGGGGGGGGGCGGCAUAGGUGAAGUUUAAGCGUUGAAAAUGUUACUUACUGAGAUGUUGAGAUGCUAAAUUGAUUGAUGAUAUCAUGGUAAGUCUUGGUGUAUGCUAUUGCUGAUUCAUUAAUUUUAUUGCUUCUUAUAAGCUCGUUUUUGUUUUGAUGAUUGUUAGAUAUGUUUUUCAGAAGUUGUUUUGCUUGGUUUGGUAAUUUGUUCAUUAAAUGUUUCUGAAUUCGAAAAUUAGAACCCAAAAGAGGGAGGGAAUGGAAAAUAUCUGAGGUGUACGGAAUAUUUCAUUUGAGCGUUGAAGGGAAAUUAGGUAGUUGAGUGAAGUUUAAGGUUUAUUGAGAAUCUCUAGAGUUUUUAGUCCUUUCAAAUUAGCUAAACCGUAUGAGAAGGCAAAGUGUUCCUUACUUUUCAUGCCUGGCCAAAAGAAAUACCAUAUUGUCUCUUGUAUAAGUACGGAUUAUUCUGAAAUUACUCCUAUUAGAAGUUAAGUUUUUGGUUGAAACAUCCUUCGAAAUGCAAAAUUGAUCAUCGAACCCCUGCCAAAUUAGGUAACAUCUGUCCACUACUGGUGGCUCUGAUUUCAUCAAUGAUAUUACUAAGUACUCAAUGCUAUUUCCAGUAUCUGAAGAGAAAUGUUUCUUUUCAGAGAAGAUUUUGUGCAUGGACCCUCAAAGGAGACGUGGGCUUAUUGAUAUAAGUUAAAAAUGGGAGAUAGGAAAAAAGUGAACUUCUAUGAGAUGUCUGUGUAGAUUACUCAAUACAUAUUUGGUAUCUGAAUAGUGAAUACUUCUUGUUCUUAAGUUGUUCACAGGGUUUAUUUCAGAGUAUUAGGGUAAAUAAAGUUGUUUUGAAAGAUAUCUUCCACCAGUUUCUUGUCUCCCAAUAGUGGCAAACAUUGUGGAUUGAGGCCUAACAUCUCAUCACCUUGACUACCUUUAGUUUUCUUCCUUGUUCUAGUGGCCCAAAUGCAUGAAAAAUGGAAUCUAAAUCUUAAUUGUAAGAAAGGGGGUUAUUUUUUGUACAUAAGUUGAUUGAUGAGCCGUAAAUAAAAUGGAAAUACAUGU